GGAUCACUUUUUCUUACCCCGCAUUGGCUGGACGUACUCAUCUGAAGCAACUCAUCUCAAUCUUAGCUCUGCCAAAGCUUCGAAGCUUGUACUGUGAUGACUUCUAUACAACCUUCUAGAAGAACCUUUAACAAGGCGGAUAUACUACCAACUACACAUCAGAAUGGAAAACUACAGCAAAAAGAGCCAUUGACGUUCGGACUGACCCGGAAACAGCUUUCGCUUCUGGUCUUGGUUGUACAAAACAGCACGUUAGUUCUAAUGAUGAGAUACUCUCGGAUAGUUCAGAAACCUGGACAACCAAUGUACAUCGCAUCGACUGCCGUUUUUCUGGCGGAGGUUUUAAAAAUUAUUGCUUGUUUAGCGGUUAUCUGGUAUCAGAAGCGAACGUUUUCAAGGUUCUGGUGGGUCGUUCGAAAGGAAAUCCUCGGCAAACCCGCAGAGACACUCAAAAUGUUGAUACCCUCUGGACUUUACGCCUUACAAAACAACUUGCUGUACGUUGCACUUAGCAAUCUUGAAGCAGCGACUUUCCAAGUUACAUACCAAAUGAAAAUUCUGUCGACAGCUAUAUUCUCGGUGGUUCUUCUUGGACGAUCAUUACAUCGUAGUAAAUGGCUUGCUCUUGUGCUCUUGAUGAUUGGUGUUACACUGGUUCAAUCACAGACUGUUUCUUCAAGCUCUUCAUCAGCAACGCCACCGGUGUCAAAUGAAGUGACUGGAGACGAAGAUGUCGAUCCGCUCAUGGCAGACGCCACCCUAACGGACGAACAAGCCUUAAUCUUAGCCGCACAGAAUCCCAUCGUUGGACUAAUUGCCGUCAUUACUUCGUGUAUCUCCUCCGGAUUCGCUGGAUGCUACUUUGAAAAAAUUCUCAAGACAUCGGAAACUUCGAUGUGGGUUCGCAACAUUCAGCUGGGAAUUUCUGGAGCUUUAUUCUCGAUGGUUGGAAUGCUUGUUUAUGAUAGGCAAGCUCUUAUGCAAGGAGGGAUGUUGCAAGGCUAUGACGCAUUGACUUGGGUAGUGGUUGCUAACCAAGCUUUAGGUGGUCUUUUGGUCGCCAUUGUCGUAAAGUAUGCUGACAAUAUUCUGAAGGGCUUCGCAACGAGCUUGUCGAUCAUCAUUUCGGGCGUCAUCAGUUUUUACCUAUUUAAUUUUCAACCCAGCUUCCAGUUUAUUGUUGGAGCAAUCAUUGUCAUGGUCUCUUCUUAUCUUUACGGUGCGGAUUUCGGUAAGAAGGCUGAUGGUGUUAAGCCACAUUGAAACACAUAUCAGUCUUGGCACCAGUUUCCUUCUACACUAUCUCUUUUAUUUUAUGUCAUGCUCGCUCUCGACAGACAUUUUUAUGUGUCUGUCUCUUACCACUCACAACGUGUAAUAUCAUAGAAUUUGGAUUGUUACUUUUCUCAUUGUUGAUUGAUUUUCGUCUCUUAUAUAUCAUACCUCUCCUCUCGCACAUUUCUACGUAUGAGUUCUUCUUACCUAUUAAAACAAACGCCUCUUUUUUUUUUUGCUUUUGCAACG